UGCUCGUCAGUGUGUUCUAAACUGGUGGCGAGCUCGAUAUGUAUACCUGUCUUCUUUUCUUUUUCCUCUUAAAGUAAACAAUUACGGGAUUACGCUUUGCUCAGUUUCCAUCCUAAAUUGCGUUUUAGGGUCGUGAAUGCAAUGGAGAACAGCACUACGGGGAGGGGAGAGCUUUUACGCAUCGCACAUCUUUGAGCGUCGAUACAGGAUACAGUAAAACAUAAUAUAGAAACUGCACAGACUUUUAGAGUAACUGCGCUCUGCGUUGUGGACUGUAUAAUGAGGUACGGAUUGGUGGUUGUCACUGCUGGGUUUACAGGUUUGCUCAGCUUCAGCCUCCUCGCAGUGGCUAUUGGAACUGAUUACUGGUACAUUAUCGAUGUGAAUAAACCCAACUGCACAGGUUCAGACGACCUGAGUUCACAUUCUGGACUAUGGAGAAUUAAUGAAGGAGCAAACAUGAGCUCAGUCAUCCCUUCUUUCACAGCAAAUAUGUCCAGCCUGUCAGAAGUGGAAAGGCACCUUCUUGGUUUGCACAAGGUGGUGGUCAUCAUGUUGCCCCUCAGCCUGGUCAUGUUGGUGUUCGGCUGGAUCUUUGGACUUGUCAGCUCGCUGGCCUGCAGUCCCAACUUGCUGGCUGGAUCAGCAUCCUAUGUUCUCUUCUGUAGUCUUUUUACCCUCUCGGGGGUCAGCAUCUACAUCAAAUACUCAAACCUAGCCAUGGAGGAGUUCCAGCGGAUCGUGCCCCCAGAGAACCUCGCCCACGUGGAUGUGUCCUUCGGCUGGUCCUUAGCCACAGCCUGGCUCUCCUACAGCCUGGAGGUGGUCAGUGGCCUGCUGCUCCUGCUAGCUGCCAGAAUAAGUCAGAUGAAGGGACGCUAUGACUCUGGUGUACCCAUCGCCAUGUUAUAGAUUGAUGUUAUAUGAUGCCCAAGUGCAUCCAAAGGCUCCCACAGGCCAGUAUUGUAUUGCUGUUGGUAUUUAUUUAACAUGUCAGGGUCCAAGGCAACAAAAUGCAGAUGAGAGCUGGAUUUACGAAACUGCAACCAUAGAUACAUAGAUGCUGAAUGAGUGAUGCAGUGUUGAAGGGCCUUGAACACCAGCUGCCUUUCAUCCUCUCUGUAUAAUUUUCUUUCCAUCGUCCUAGCCCAUAAAUGUGACCACACAAACAGAAGAACCAUUCAUAGUGUAAUUAGUGUAAUUUAGUUAGUAGUUUUUCAGUCCUUUGAUGCCAUAUUCCAUCCAUACGUGCAGUACAGUAUGUAUAGCUGAGAACAUUGAGCACAUUUGAUUCAGCCGUAGCUUUUCUGUGAGAUGUGUCUUUAAGAAUGCUUGUGCAAAUUCACUGCCCUGCGAUGUGAACGCAAGCAAAACAAGAAGUGAGGCUGUAUGCGAUCAUUUCCUUUUGACACGUGCUAUGUUAAAUAUUUUAAGGGGGACUUCUGCACCUCCUCUUUGUAGAGUAUUUCAUUCAAGUGAAAACACUGCUGAUUCUGCAGCAGACAGCCACCAGGCAAUGGAGCCACCUAGACUCCAGCACACAGUCAGUACUGGUAUAGUAUCUCGUAUUUCAUGAUAGAAUAUCUGCUGCAAUGUUAAUCCAUGUGUUAGAGAAAAUGUGCAUUUCACAGCUAUUGAGUAGCAUUGACUGGUGUAGAAGUUGAGGCAAUGUUGGCUGGUGACCUAAAGACAAAAUGUUAGUUCAAACUUGCUAUAUCCACCUUAUUGGUAAAAGCAUUCAUCACUGAAACAAGGAUGAAGAUAAAUGCGCUCGUGGGAAUCCUGCAAGUUGUUUUCAGUAAAACAGGAUAUGUGCACAUGUUGCUGCAUGCUUUGCUGUAGUUAGAGGUUGGAUAUUGUAAUAUUUGUAUGUGCUGUCUACUUCUAGGAAUGAAGCUUCUCCGAUCUGUAUACUGGAAUUAAAAAGACCAAAUACAACAUUUUGCACAUUUCAUAGCUGUAAAAAUGUAUUGUGUUGUUGUUCCCUUCUCACAAUCGUAACAAACCUCAUGCUUUCAUAACUGAACUGCUUUACUUUAUAUUGUUAACUGUAGCAGAAAAGCAAUCAAACAUCAAUCCAGCUGAAUUGUGAAAACAUACAGUGAGUAGGCAACAGAAAAAAAAAGUCACAUUGAUCAAAUGCUUUUAAAUGUCUGUGACAGAAAAAAAUGUAUUGAAAAUGUAUCGAAGAUGUUUGUGUUGUGAGACAAUAAGAUCAUC